AUGGGCAGAAAAACACGAACACUGCGCGCUCUGGCUACUAUAAGACUGAUAUGUGCUGGGUUUUUAGGUUUCGGGUUAUAUUUAGAGACAGGAGUGUGCUCAAAGUAUACAGAUAUAAAUUUUAAAGAAAAGCUUCAAACUAGAGAGCAGAAUGCAAAUAUUCUUCACAGAAAGUAUUUAAGCGAGCUAGAUAAAUUUAAGAGCAAAAGACAUGCUGUGGAUCUUGCUUGGGAUGAGUAUGAAAUAAAGUAUAGAGACGCUGUAAAUGCAUAUGCCGAGAGAAAAAUAGGUAUAGAUGCGCAUGCUGAAAGAUGGCGCAAUGCAAAGAUGAGCUCUCCAAUUCUUGCCAGCAUCUACUGCGAAUUAGUGUGCAUAGAUAAAAAAGAACACGCCUCCCAUAUAGACAUAGAAGAUUGCGAUUAUCUGGGUUGCAUUUGGGCUAAUUCAUCUGAAGUAAACGAGCUGGAGAAAGCUGCGCAUUGUUUGGAUGUAUUGCUUAAUAAAAAAAAGGUGGACUGCGCAAUAGAAAGCACCAAAGUGUCACGAGUAAGCUAUAUAGCAUAUAUAAGCCAGAAGCUAGAGGCGCAGAAGGCAUACAGCAGCAAAAUCAAGCAAGAGUACAUAGCCUCAAAGGAUAUUCUGGACAGCUCACUAAAAUUGCUAUGUCUAGAGGAUUUAUUUGAAAGAAUAAAGAAUAAGUCAAUAUUUGGGACUGUGGCAGAGAUAAUCAAUGUCUGUCUCAGUGCAGAAGGACACUCUCUGAAGAAAGCAGAGGCGCAUCUGCAGGCAAUGGAGUGUUUAAAUAGCCUUACUUUCUGGAUAAAUAGUCUGAACGAUCUGCAGGAGUUGUGUAUAUUAAAAACAGACAUGCUGAAAUCUGCAUAUCUAGCAUAUCACGUUGUAGCUAACCUGUGUGAAGAGCAGAAUGCACUUGUAGAAAAGGCUGGCAAGGCGUACAAAAUGGCGAAGGGACAUUUAAGAGUAUGA